AAAACAUCGAUCACUACACCUUGUUGCAACUACACACUUUUCAGUUUUCCCCCCUUCAAUUCUAAUUUAAAGGUUCCACUCAAUAUAUAUCCAAAUAAUUAGGUCGUAUUAUUGGGUUAUUGAAUUUAACAAUGAACAAGUUAUGCUUUUUGUUGGUUAUUUCUGCCAUUGUUGCUGCUGUUGAUAUUCAUGGAGUUGAAGGAGGAGCGAUGGUGACUGGCACUGUUUUCUGUGACCAGUGUAAAGAUGGACAAGUCUCCCUCUUUGAUUAUCCCCUUUCUGGAAUGAAGGUAACAAUGGUAUGUCCAGGAAGUGGUGGGCAGACAGUGGUUGGGCAAGACACAACAAAUAUGUUAGGCAGCUAUGCUUUGAGCUUUGAUGGCACCCCUGAUUUAACCACCUGUUUUACUCAGAUCUCACCCAAUUCUAAUGGGCCUCAGUCGGACUCUAAUAAUAAAUGUGGGUUUGCCCCAGGCCCACCCAAAUCAGUUAGACUUAUGUUUAGCAUGUUUGAUAUGGAGAUGUAUUCUGUUGAUCCCUUAAUUUCUCAACCUGCUCAACCUAUGUCUUAUUGUUCUUCUUCUUCUUCUUCUUCAUCAUCAUCACCACCUAAGACUCCUAGUCCUGUCACUUUACCACCACCUACAAGCUCUCUUCCUCAAGCUCCAACACCGCCUUUUACGCUCCCGCCUAUGCCUCGCCUACCACCGUUGUUUUCCAUGCCACCUACGCCUUUGGACCAAGACUCUGCAUGCUCUAAUGAAUAUUGGAUGAAGGCAGAAUACAAAUGCUACUGGAGAGCAGUGAAGCCAGAUAUGGCAGUAGGUUUAAUAUUCGGUCCCUUAGCAGCGGAGAAAUAUGGUAACGACUUAACAUUGUGGAAAGGGCUUCAAGGAAAAGGUGACCCUUACAGGACCCUCUUAAGGGAAGGUGUAACUGCAUUACUUAACUCCUAUAACAGCCUCAAAUUCCCUUAUAACGCCGUUCAAGUGUUCCAUAACCUUAAUACUGCGCUAAUGGGUUCUACUAAUGGUGUUCUUCUUACUGCCUUGAGGUUCAAGAGGGCUAAUACUGGCUAUGGUCAUGUUCCUUGCAAACUCCAAGCUUGCAAAUUAAUUAAUUAAUUACAUGCAUGGUUACUAAUUCAUCUAAUACAUCUACUACUGUAGUUAAAUAUGUUAUGAAUUUGUCACGUAGAGAUUUGAUUUUGGGAGGCACCAUCAUGAUCAGUUGUUGUAUGUGUCUGAUACUCUGAUCUAUUGCUCAGAUCGAUAUAAUUAAUAUAUAAUUUUAUAUUACUUGAAUA